ACACACACAGCCGCGGCUGGACAUGCACACCCAGUGCCGGCUCCGGGCGCGUGCACACGCAGGUAGCCACACUCACCUGAGCCGGUGCAGAGGGCGGCCUGGGCUGGGCAGGGCCCCUCUGCGCCGCGGAAGUGGGGAGAGCGGGAGCUGCCCCCAGCGCAGACCUGCGAACUGAGGUGAUGGCGCGUUUUCCUUAACUCUCCUCCAGCACCUCCGCCCCUGCGCCGGCUCGGCUCUGGCCGCAGCGGCGAAGACAGAGGGGCCCCGGACGCCGCGGACUCGCGGGCGCACGCUCCCAGGAGCGCGCCGAGAGGAGCGCCGCGGCGCAGGAAACUUGGGCGAAGUUAGUUGCAAGUGCCAGGCGGCUGCCGAGAAGAGCGAGGCGGGGACGCGGCCGGUGCCAGGCCUGCGGCGCCGCGUGGAGGCUGCGCUGCCCUCCGCGGCCGGCGAGCUCCGGGAGCCCUAAGUCGGCAGGCGCGUCUGAAGGGGCUAGGAGCGAGCGGAGCUGGAAUGGCCCGGGGGACGGUCGGACGCGGCUCCUCGGCGAGCCGGGAGAAUUUCCUCUGAGGCCGGGCGACCCACGCUUGCUCAAGCCUUAUCCACCCUCCUUCCUCGCCCCACCCGUCAGUCCAGCAGCGGGAGAGGAACACUCGAGAGGCAGGUGCUGGGGGGACAGCUCCCCCCCUGCAAAAAAAAAAAAAAACAAACAAAACAAACAAAACAAAACAAAAAAAAACCAGCCAGCCGAUUGGGGGUUUCCCAUCGGCGCACCCUGCCCGGAGCCUAGAAGACAGGCUGGUGCUGCUGUAUUUGUACUUAUAUCCAUUGCUGCGCUCUGCGUUCUCGUGGCACGCCUGGACACUCCUCCGCCUCCCCCUCCUCUUCCUCCUCCAGGGCCACCUCCCCGCCUUCCCCACCCCCAUCUGCUUCUGUCAAAUGAGAAAGUCACCGAGGAGAACCCAAACACUCCAGCCGCUAAGAGCCCCCUUUGGCACUUGGCAGCACGCGGCGGCGGGCUCCUCGGCUCAACUUGGUGGAGUCUCCGCGACGCAACUUUGGGGGACGCUUUGCAUUUAAGAGAGAACGACCGAGGAGGAGGAGCGCUCUGCCCGGCCGCCGCUACCUGCAGGAGCUCACCAGCAAACGCCACUGGAGACGAAGGACCCAAAGAACGUAAAGGGCCAACUGUCGCCGCGGGGAGGGGGCACCGCAGAGAAGUUAGAGUGUCCCAGAGACAACCUGCCCGAGCGCUCGGACGGAGACACCAGGGUGGCCCGGGGCGCGGCGUGGCCCUGGGCUGGUCCUCCAGCCUCCUCCUCCGGGCCGGGAGCGACGCCGGGGCGCGACGUGGGGCGCGGCGAGUCCCGGCCGGCCGAGCGGGUCCCCGCGGGCGGCCAACAUUGAUUUCCUCCCGGCCGAGGGCGAGGGCCCGGGCGGCGGCGGGCUGCAGCCGCGGCAGGGCGAGAGCAUGUCCAAGCCAGUGGACCACGUCAAGCGGCCCAUGAACGCCUUCAUGGUGUGGUCGCGGGCUCAGCGGCGCAAGAUGGCCCAGGAGAACCCCAAGAUGCACAACUCGGAGAUCAGCAAGCGCUUGGGCGCCGAGUGGAAACUGCUCACCGAGUCGGAGAAGCGGCCGUUCAUCGACGAGGCCAAGCGUCUGCGUGCCAUGCACAUGAAGGAGCACCCCGACUACAAGUACCGGCCGCGGCGCAAGCCCAAGACGCUGCUCAAGAAGGACAAGUUCGCCUUCCCGGUGCCCUACGGCCUGGGCGGCGUGGCAGACGCCGAGCACCCUGCGCUCAAGGCGGGCGCCGGGCUGCACGCGGGGGCGGGCGGCGGCCUGGUGCCGGAGUCGCUGCUAGCCAAUCCCGAGAAGGCGGCCGCGGCCGCGGCCGCCGCCGCCGCGCGCGUCUUCUUCCCGCAGUCGGCCGCCGCCGCCGCCGCUGCUGCCGCCGCCGCCGCUGCGGGCAGCCCCUACUCGCUGCUGGACCUGGGCUCCAAGAUGGCAGAGAUCUCGUCGUCCUCGUCCGGCCUCCCGUACGCGUCGUCGCUGGGUUACCCGACAGCGGGCGCGGGCGCCUUCCACGGCGCGGCGGCGGCGGCUGCAGCGGCGGCCGCGGCCGCCGGGGGGCACACGCACUCGCACCCCAGCCCGGGCAACCCAGGCUACAUGAUCCCGUGCAACUGCAGCGCGUGGCCCAGCCCCGGGCUGCAACCGCCGCUCGCCUACAUCCUGCUGCCGGGCAUGGGCAAGCCCCAGCUGGACCCCUACCCCGCGGCCUACGCUGCCGCGCUAUGACCCCGCGGGGCCGCCUCGCGAGGACCGGUGUGCACACAUGUACAUAUGUAUAGAACUCCCAGACCGGAUCCAUUCUUGACCAGUGACCGGCUCGAAUCUGGCCUUUUGUGUGAGAUGAUCACAGUUUCUUUUGUUUAUCACGCCAUAUGCAAAUCAGAGCAAGAGCUCUUUCUCAAGAGCAAGAAACGCAAGCAAGAAAUAUUUGUGAGAUGAAAGUUGUCAAUUGGAUUUUCUUCCUAAACAAACAACCAACUACUAGAAGUCUCCCUGAGUCCACUCGCUUGGAUUUCUGACACAGUUUACAAAAAAGAAAAAAGGCACUGUUCCUAUUUUCCCCUUAUGGCUGAGUUCACCUUAAGAUUGUAAAUGUGUAUAUGUCAGUGAAAACAUUGAGGCUUGGAAAAUGUGUUAUUUUCGUUGCCCUAAGUUUGAGUCGGUUUUAGACUCAAAAACAUUUGGAGCGAAUAUCAAAGUUAACUUUUAAAAAUUGCGAAACUAUUUCAGAAUCGCAAUUUUAUCGAAGAUUAAAUCAGACUUUUUUGUCUGGUAAUUAUAUAUUUAUUAUUUAGCAAAACUGAAGAAAAAGCACAGAAUUGUUUCAACAGAUGUCUCUCAUUUUCAGCUAGCAUUUCUCUCCCAAGUUGAGCUGGUUUAAUGUGUUUUGGAUUUCCCUCCUCAAUUGGCUUAUUUUUUAGAUCACCUGCAAUUCAUUUGCAAAUUACGAUAAAACACUUUUAGAAAAAAGAAACCUUGAAUUAUUAGCUUUUUUGUUUCUUUUUAAAUGUAUAUAUUUUGACUAAUGUUUGUGAAUGAAGUUGGCUAACAUGUAUUUAGUUUCGUUUUGGCUUUAUGUAAUAUAAAGUUUUUAAAAUUUUAAAUAUGGUUUUAACCUUUAAGUGUAAAUGAUUUUCUUGUGUGAUCUUCUAAUUUAAUAUUAGACGUCUAAGGUAUAUCUGUAAAUUAGAAUCCGACUAUCACUCUGUUCAUUUUUUUUGAACAAAGAGUUUAAAUAA